CCCCCUACCCAGGCGGUCCUGACCGGCCUCCUUUCCGCCGCUGCCCCAGCUCUGGGCUCUGCGCUUUGGCCCAUUACCCGCGCGUCUGGCUCUUUCCGACGCUCACACCCCCAGACGCUUGCCCAGACCCCUCCUCUAGGCGGAGGCACGGGCCGCCUCCUACGGCCCUGACCUGGGGGCCCGUGGAAGGAUGGGGUCCGGGAGUGUGGUGUCCUUUAGAAGCCCUGGGUCGGCCAGAGUCCCGGUGCCCGCCCAGCUGGGGGGGGGGGCUUUCUGGUUGCCAUCCCCGCCCCUUAAUCUUUUCCUGGGCGGACUUUGUAGUCGCCUCCGCCCUUGUCCUCUCGGUGGCCCAUGGGGUCCCUGCUAAACAGGGAGCUGGGGAAGGGGUGUGUUUGGGGCCCGGGGCACCACUUAGGGUCUUAGGAACGUUGAAGGGCAAGUACAUGGUACUGGGGAGAGGGCAGGACACAGGGUAGGAGGAUCAGUCUGUGGGGGCAAAUACUGAACCAUGAAGAGCUUACAGCUGCACUCAGCAGCCUGGUGCUUUCCAAGAACCACCCGAAACGCUCCCCCCGGAACCUCGGGGCUGCCAGCACUUUGGCACUGACCCCGCCAGCCUGGCGUGUGGCUGUCACUCUGGGCGCUGGGCCUUUUGGAGAACAGGGAGGGUCAGGACCCCCAACUGGGUCUGGCAUUCUGCCUCUCCCCUCGCUCCCUCUCAGCACCGAUCGAUCACUCUUGGUCCUGGAUCCCAGGUCCAGCUGGGAGGAGGCCUCACCAACACCCCGCCGGGCUUAGCUCCUGCAGCCUACAGGUGGUCCUAGGGCCUCGGGACACUCACUGCCUCCCUGCCUGCCCACUCAGACCCUUUGCAGGCCUUGGGCCUGGGCACAGGUUCCGCCUCCCACAACCCCUGCACCCCACUAAGCCCCUUCUCGGUCCCUUCCCUCCAACUCUGACAGCUUGGUGCUCUGCCGCACUGCCCCCAGGCCACCUGCCCCCUCCCCUGCCUCUCGCCCCGCCUCGCCGCCACGAACCCUGUACUCACUCUCCUAGUGCCCUCCCCUUUCUCCGGGACCCUGUCAGGCAGCCUCUCGCUCCGCAAUGGGACUUGUCCCAAGGUGGCUGGAAUGGAGGUUCGUUCCCCGGUCUCAUUCGGUGGUGAGGGUGCUGAAGAGAUUCCAUCCAGGGAAAAAGUGGGUCCCAGGACACCAACUGACUACCCUUCCUUACGCCUGAGCUUCUAUCCCGUCUCGCGCCGCCUGGCCCUCCUCGCGCCCCCUCCCCCCAAGUAACCCCGCCCAGCAAGCCCUGCCCAGGCUGCUGCCACCGACCCACAGGCCCUGGGUCCGCACCCGCACUGGCGCGGCAGGGCUGUCCUGACAGCGGACGGCCAGUUGGUUCCCUUCAGGGGCACGCGCCUCCCCCUGCACCCACCCCUGUAACCCGAGCCGCUUCAGCGCCUCCCCGCGCAGCCCCACUGGGCCCUAGGCCCCGACAGCGAGUCCGCAGGCGCCAUGGGCCUCGGGGCCUGCGUGUCCUCGGCGGCGGCGUCGGGGCCCCGAGCCCAGGCCGGCCGUUUGGGAGCUGUGCUGGGUGCCCUGUGCCUGCUGCCCGUUCUCAUGAUGCUGGCUCGGCUGGGGGCCCCCUCGGCCAGGCUGGCAGCCAGCGCCUCGCAGGGAGAUCUCGCCGCACCCAACCCCUCGGGUGUCCUGGCCACCCCGGGACCCGGUCCUCUGCCCCUCCAGGCGCCCCGCAGACGUCGCUACACGCUGACCCCCGCCAGGCUGCGCUGGGACCACUUCAACCUCACCUACAGGAUCCUUUCCUUCCCACGGAACCUGCUGAGCCCCAGCGAGACCCGGCGGGCCCUGGCCACCGCCUUCCGCAUGUGGAGUGACGUGUCCCCCUUCAGCUUCCGAGAGGUGGCCCCCGAGCAGCCCAGCGACCUCCGCAUAGGCUUCUACCCGGUCAACCACACGGACUGCCUGGUCUCCGCGCUGCACCACUGCUUUGACGGCCCGACGGGCGAGCUGGCCCACGCCUUCUUCCCCCCGCACGGUGGCAUCCACUUCGAUGACAGCGAAUACUGGGUCCUGGGCCCCACGCGCUACAGCUGGAAGAAAGGCGUUUGGCUCACUGACCUGGUGCACGUGGCGGCCCACGAGAUCGGCCACGCGCUGGGCCUGAUGCACUCGCAGCACGGCCGGGCUCUCAUGCACCUCAACGCCACGCUGCGCGGCUGGAAGGCCCUGUCGCAGGACGAGCUGUGGGGGCUGCACCGACUCUAUGGCUGUCUGGACCGGCUGUUCGUGUGCACAUCCUGGGCACGGAGGGGGUUCUGUGACACCCGCCGGAGGCUUAUGAAGAGGCUCUGUCCCAGCAGCUGUGACUUCUGCUACGAGUUUCCCUUCCCCACGGUGGCCGCCACUGCACCGCCACCCAGGACCAAGACCAGGCUGGUGCCUGAAGGCCGGAAUGUGACCUUCCGCUGCGGACAGAAGAUCCUCCACAAGAAAGGCAAAGUGUACUGGUACAAGGACCAGGAGCCCCUGGAGUUCUCCUACCCUGGCUACCUGGCGCUGGGCGAGGCGCACCUGAGCAUCAUCGCCAAUGCCAUCAACGAGGGCACAUACACGUGCGUGGUGCGCCGGCGGCAGCGUGUGCUCAGCACCUACUCCUGGCGGGUCCGGGUGCGGGGCUGAGCGCCUGCGGGGCCGAAACCGCUGAUAAAACACUUUCUCUCUGAA